AUGAGAAGACAGCUCAUGGCAGCAACCACCUUUGGCAGCCAAGAAGUGACAAGAGAAGAGCUUUUCUGUUACUUCAAAAUGAAGGAGAAACAAAGUCUUUUGUCAAAUGGUUUCGUCACUGACAUCAAAGAACAAGCAACUACUGAAGACUUGGGCCAGUAUUCGUCGGCUUCAUCUAGAGCUAACAUACACUAUUUCAAUGACUCCAAUCUCUACCAUGCAAAAGAUGGAGAAAUAGGAGGAACCAAUGGUAUCUCAAGUGAGAAGAAAAAUAUGCUUUUUGACGAAGAAGCCAGAGAUUAUUUUGUCGGCAAAUUGGACUACUGUAAUUGCAAUGAUAAGGUAGAAAGGUUGGCGUAG